CGCAUAUUGAGUAUUAAAAGCAGUGGGGAAGUAACUAGAACAUGAUUGCUGAUAAGGCUUGGGCUGUUUGGAGAAACAACAAACCUGUUAUCAUAACAUUGAAUUGUUUUCAAUUGCACAGUCAAUACAAUGAUUUUAACUAUAAAACCACUUAAAGGAAAGGAGUGCAAUUUACAGGUCACAGAAGAUGAAAAAGUCUCCAUGGUGAAAGAACUAGUGUCUGAACGUCUGAAUAUACCUGCAAAUCAGCAGCGAUUGCUUUACAAGGGGAAAGCCCUUGCAGAUGAACACAGAUUGAGCGAUUAUUCCAUUGGGCCAGAGGCCAAGUUAAACUUGGUGGUUCGUCCAGCAGGGGAGAGGAGUGGGAUGGCUAGCAGUAGCAGUGCGGUCAGCGGGGUGUGGCAGACUCUGUCCACUGUACUAGCGAAACACUUCAGCCCUGCAGAUGCAGCUAAAGUCCAUGAACAGUUAAUCAAGGAUUAUGAACGUUCACUUCGGCAACUCAGUCUGGAUGACAUUGAGCGCCUGGCCGGGCGACUGCUUCACCCAGACAGCGAGGGCAUGGACACAUCGUACAUGGAUUGAAAACCUGCCUGACUUGACGGUAUUCUGGCGAUUCACAGAGCAGCUGCAGCCAUCACUAGAGGAGGCUGGUCUGUCAUCCCUCAGUUUGAUCUGAUCUGGGAAGUCAUAAGUCUCCACUUCUGACUCCUAACAAUGAGGACAGGAAAACAUGGCAGGUUAAUGCCUUCAAAAGUUCCGAAGUGAAUACAUUCUUGUAUCUGCAUCAAUAAAUUGUUCUUAAAGUGUGAAAA